AAUUCCUGCCCUCCUCUCGCUUCAAACAAACGGCUUCAGGAAGGAGACGAGGCAGCAGAAAACAAAGAAAAAAAAGAAAAACCCCUCAGAGUCACUCUUUAUUUAAAAAAAAAAAAAUCUAUAAAAUUGCUUCACCUGAGUGCCGGCCAGCAGCUGAUAGAGCCUCAGCAGGACUGCCCUGCCACAUCCAGAUCAUCAUAAUCAUCAUCACAUCUGUGGAUUUCAUACAGGCCGGCACGCUCCCUGGAGCUUCCUCCUGUUCUCCUAGCCUCAUCUCCCCCAGCCCAGACCCUCCACCCCCUGCUCUGUGGUCCCCUUCCCGUCGUCCCACCACGUCUGCGGAGUGGGUGCCGGCUCCCUCCCCCAGGGGUGGGAGUGAGGAGCUGGGAGACGCCCUCGACAAGCCCCUGGAGAAUGAUGCGGAGGGUGUGUGGAGCCCGGACAUCGAGCAGAGCUUCCAGGAGGCCCUGGCCAUCUACCCGCCCUGUGGCCGCAGGAAGAUCAUCCUCUCUGAUGAGGGCAAGAUGUACGGACGAAACGAGUUGAUUGCACGGUACAUCAAACUUCGCACCGGGAAGACGCGGACCAGGAAGCAGGUGUCCAGUCACAUCCAGGUUUUAGCCCGACGGAAGGCCAGGGAGAUCCAGGUGAAGCUGAAGGUACGCUACGACCAGGCUGCCAAAGACAAGGCCCUGCAGAGUAUGGCCACCAUGUCCUCAGCCCAGAUCAUCUCGCCCACGGCUUUCCAGAACAAGAUGGCUCUUCAGGGCCUCUCGAGGCCGGCUUACCCCACUACUGGUGGGUUUUGGCACGGGGCUCUUCCAGGACAGCCAGGAGGCCAUGAAGACAUUAAGCCCUUCUCCCAGCAGAGUUACGCCAUGCAAGCGUCCGGCCCGGCCCCCAUAACAGGUUAUGAAAGCACAGCAGGGCUGUCAAUGUCUCCCGGUGCCCCCCCUUGGCAGGGUAGAAGUAUUGCCAGCUCCAAGCUGCGAAUGCUGGAGUUCUCCGCCUUCCUGGAGCAACCUCAGGACCCAGAGACUUUCAACAAGCACCUGUUCGUGCACAUCGGCCAGUCCAACCCGAGCUACAGCGACGCCUAUCUGGAGUCGGUGGACAUCAGACAGAUCUACGACAAGUUCCCAGAGAAGAAAGGAGGCCUGAAGGAGCUGUUUGACAAAGGGCCGCACAAUGCGUUCUUCCUCGUCAAGUUCUGGGCGGACCUUAGUGUAAACCUGCAGGAUGACAGCAGCUUCUUCUAUGGUGUUUCCAGUCAAUAUGAGAGUUCUGAGAACAUGAUCAUCACCUCAUCCACCAAAGUCUGCUCCUUUGGCAAGCAGGUGGUGGAGAAAGUGGAGACGGAGUAUGCACGUUUUGAGAAUGGGCGCUACGUGUUUCGAAUCCACCGUUCCCCAUUAUGUGAAUACAUGAUCAACUUCAUCCACAAGCUUAAACACCUGCCGGAGAAGUACAUGAUGAACAGCGUACUGGAGAACUUCACUAUCCUACAGGUGGUGACUAACAGGGACACACUGGAGACCCUCCUGUGCAUAGCUUAUGUCUUCGAGGUGUCCACCAGUGAGCACGGAGCACAGCAUCAUAUUUACAGGCUAGUCAAAGACUGACACAGUCACACAGUUGGAACUGCUCUUGACCCAUUGUAGCGCCUCAGUGAGCAACAACAUUAAACAAUGGACUACUUCCUCCGUAAGCUUAAAGCUGAACCCACACAACUCCGUAAGGAGCCCAGAAAAACACUCGUUUUGUUAGCAUGCCCAGGAACGCUACUAUUACUACUGCUCCUGAGGAAGAGGUGGAUUUGGGAUUGUGGAAGCUGAAACAGGCUUUGUGUGAAAAGUGGCAAGAAAAAAAGAAAAGGAAGAAGAGGACCAUGAUACACUGUGGUCUCUAUACCAAAGGAGCCAAACCUUGCCAACAAGACCUGCAUGAGAAGGUUGUCAGUGGUGGUGUUUUUCAUCUCGUUUUACUAGUGCUUGUUUUUGAUUUAGAUUCUUUUCCACAUGUGCAUGUGCAGGGGAUGUUAAAGAGGAGUUCAGCUGCCUCAGAGUGCCACCUAGUGACUUAAAUAUAAAUAACCAUGGGGAAAAAAUAAUGAAAGUAGACUGAGAGUCCCUCCUUUGCACAUCCAUAAAAUAUCACUGUUUUUGGUGCCAAUCUUUUUUUGUGUUAUUUGAGCAUUUGAGUAAUUAUGUACAGUGCUGCAUCAUCUUCUCUAAACAGAGUUACAAAGAUAAGAGGCUAAAAUGAUUUAAAAGAGCUAUUGUAUUCACUUUGUUUGAUGUUUAAUGUUAAAUGUUUCUUGUAUUGUCUUACUGUUUUUGAUUGAAAAUGAUCUGACUACAACAAAAGGCACAUAAUAACACUGCUAACUUGAACCAGGUUUAGAUCUGUAAGCUGAUUACAGAAGUUGACUGUAACUUGCCCUGAAGCGUCAGAUGAAAAUACAAGUGUUUCUUACAUAACUCCUGAGUUUGUUGCAUUCUGUGCAAAGUGUUGCAACUGCCUGUGGCUUACGUUAGAAAUAAUAAAUUGAAUGCAUAAGGAGAAAUACAGCCUGUAUUAGCAGU